AUGAAAGCAGCCGCAGCUGCUGUAUCCAGCUUUGGGCAAAGAUUAGGUAAAGGUAUGGAGAGUUGUGGUGUUGGCAAUUCUGGUGAAAUCUAUAGGAGUUCUUCUUUAGGAAGCAGCAGUACGAGUGAUGGUGGUGGUGAUGGUAAUAGCGAUAAUCCAAGAAGGUAUGGAAUUAAUAUAGCAGCGUCAAAUUUGAUACAUGCUCCAUUAACAACCCUGUUGGAAUACUCGGGUAUUCUAGGAGGAAACACCUCCAAUUAUUCUCAAGAGAGGGAGCAAUUAAUUCCUUCUCCAUCUACUGGAGGUGGUGGUGGUGGUCAGGAGGUUACAAUUAGGAUAAUUGGCUCUUCACAGAAUGAUCAUGAUGAUGAACCCAAUACUUCUCCAAGUGUUGAGGCAUUACCAUAUGUUCGGCGAGGUGCGGUUGUGGAGGAGAAUGUGAAUUCUGAAAGCACUAUUUCUGAUGAGUCUUCUGGGAUUGCUACAGAUUCAUCAUCAUCAUCAUCAUCUUCUUCUUCUUAUCAGAGAUUUGAUAUUCAGAACUUGGCUAGGUGGAUUGAGCACGUUCUUCCAUUUUCUUUGCUGUUGCUUCUUGUUUUUGUCCGCCUACACUUGCAAGGCUUUUGUGUUGCAUUGUGGAUUGCUGCAGUCUUGUUUAAAUCAAAUGAUAUUCUAAGGAAGCAGACAGCUCUAAAGGGAGAGAGAAAGAAGUCUGUUCUUCUAGGCAUGACUGUAGUGUUGAUUCUUCAUGUGAUGUCAAUUUAUUGGUGGUAUGGGAAUGGCGACCUUCUAUAUCCAUUGGUUUUACUUCCUCCAUCCACGAUACCUCCUUUCUGGCAUGCUGUAUUUAUCAUCGUUGUGAAUGAUGCUUUGGUGCGACAGGUAUCGAUGGUCUUCAAAUGUAUGCUUUUGUUGUAUUACAAGAAUAGCCGAGGCCACAAUUACCGUAAACAGGGUCAAAUGCUAACUCUGGUUGAGUAUUUGCUGUUACUGUACCGUGCCUUGUUACCAACACCUGUUUGGUAUCGUUUCUUCUUAAACAGAGAAUAUGGAAGCUUUUUUUCAUCAUUAAUCACAGGGUUAUAUUUAACCUUCAAGCUCACAACAGUUCUGAGGAAGGUUCAACAAUUCUUUACUGCAUUGAGGACCUUGUCACAUAAAGAAAUGUACUAUGGUUCUUAUGCCACAUCUGAACAGGUCAAUGCAGUAGGGGAUCUCUGUGCCAUUUGCCAGGAGAAGAUGCAUGCACCCAUUUUACUACGUUGUAAACACAUAUUCUGUGAGGAUUGUGUAUCUGAAUGGUUUGAUCGAGAAAGGACGUGUCCAUUAUGCAGGGCAUUGGUCAAACAAGCAGAUAUAAAAUCAUACAGUGAUGGAUCAACAAGCUUGUUUUUCCAGCUAUUCUAA